AUGAAUGUAUCUGUUCUUUUAAAUAUUCCUAAUUUGGUAGGGUACAUAAGAUUACUCCUGCUAGUCAUUGGAAUAUUUCAAGACACCAAAUUAUUCUUAACGUUGUAUGCCAUCUCUUCCUCUUUAGACUUUUUAGAUGGGUAUCUGGCACGAAUGUUUAAUCAAGAAUCUGUACUUGGUGCAUGUUUAGAUAUGUUUACUGACCGUAUCUCAACUGUAAUAAUUUCUUUAAGGAUCAUGAAAGAAAAAAAACAAAUGCAAAAAUUUAUAAGUCUUUAUGUUUUGAUAGACCUCUUUUCACACUUCACACAUUUCUACAUAUCUUCAUUGGAUAAUGUUCAUCAUAAAAAUGCUAAUAAUAUAAUUCUAAAAGUGUAUUAUUACAAGCCUUUUCUAUGUUUAAUAUGUUUUUUUUCUGAAUGCUUUUUUAUACACACACUUUCUGAGUAUAAAUUUGGUAUAAUCUACAGAUUUACAUAUUAUUGUACUGUUAUGAAAAUGAUCUUUCAUAUUGUACAAUUAAUCGAUGCACUGUUGAAAUUAUCUGAUUAUAAAGAAAAAGCAAUGUAA